AUGGGGAAUUUGCCAUCCCUAGCCAUUCGCAACGUAGUAAUCAAGACAUGGCCGUCCGUCCAUGGAAGCUCUGAUGAUGAUCCUAUGGAGUUAGACGAGGUUGAGUCCAAUAUUCACGAUGAUUUGCCACUGAUUCGGUUUCUACGAGCGGCCUUGGCUCGGGCUACGAAUGGGUCAAUGGAUCGGGCUAUACAGGAGUCCGUGGACGACUAUGUCGGGUUGAAGCUGGUACCUGCAACUCAAUCAUCCAUCGACGCCUUGGAGAAGAUCACAUUCUAUCGCUCCUGUGCCAUUUGUCUGGAAGAGUUCUCUGAUGAACAGUCCCUCACUCGCAUGCCAUGCUCUCACCUCUUUCAUGGAGAUUGCAUUACAAGGUGGCUUCACACAUCCCACUCUUGUCCACUUUGCCGUUUCAAGAUGCCAACCACUUCCUCAUUCCAUCCUGAGAAGAAGACUGAGCUUUUCAAGGGAUUGAUAUUCAGUCCAGAGAAGUCCGAGAAGAGAUCAAGUGCAGACUUAAGGGUGGAUACCGAGGCAAUGUCUCCAUGGCAUAGGAGCAAUAGAUCAUCAGCGAAUGACGAUGCAGGAAAGAAAGCACUUUCAUUGAUAGAACAAAGAGUGAAGGGGAUAGUGGGUCGCCUUGUCGCCUCUGGUUCCAUGGAAGACAGAAAAGGGCAAAGGAAAACCGGAACAUUUUGGAAUCUCGCCAAGAGUCUGGUAUUUCUGGGUGCUUAUUGGUAUGUACAUGAGCAAUAUGAAAAACACACUGUUCAUGAAGAUUAUGUGAAGACUGUCAAGGUCUAG